UUCUAUCCAGUUUGUUUGCAAGGCAAGCUUGAGACGCAUUGACAUGUUUUGUCAUGAUUACUCAUCAGCGACAGCAGCAGGCGGCUCCCCUCGUGUGUUUACAGCCGCUGCACUGACGCGUCGCGUCGCGUCUCAGCCCACUUUCUGCUUCAUAGGAAUGGAAAACAAACGUAAAAGUUAAGUUCCAGAUGACGCGGCGUGCAUCCGUGAACUAUGUCUAAGAAAGUAGAUUACUGUCACUGUAUUCAAAUUAUUAUUUAUGAUCAUGGCGGCGUCGCAGCGUGCGAGAAACUCUGAACUUAAACAGAUCGAAACGUGGAAACGUCACGUUAUCAGACAGCUGAAAUAUCGCAACAGGACCCAGACGAGCGUCUUCCAGGAGCUCAUACAGUCAUAUCACAGUCUGCUGGAGAAGUCCAAGCAAAGAGCCCUCAUAACCAAAGGCAUUCUGGGAUCAGGGUCAAGACCCUCACUUACUGAAGAUUCGCUGACAUCUCUACAAACAACCACCGGGGAGCUUGCGUAUCAAGUGGUGGAACUGCAGCAGAGAAUCCAGAUAAAGGAAGUGACACUGGAUGAACAGCACACCAAGCUAUAUGAGGUCCAAAACCAUCUCCGUGAUUUGGCGUCAGAACACAGCGUGCUUCAGAAAAGCGUGGCAGAGGUACAGACCAGAAACCGACUUCUGAAACAGGAAUAUGAUUCUCUGCUGGAGCAGCACCAGAACACGGAGAGGACGUACCGACAAGAGAAACUCCGCAGCUCCGAGAUCCUGGAGAACAUGAUCCUUCCAAAACAGCAGGCCGCUGUCCGCAUGAACCAUCGCAAUGAGAAGAGAGUGAGAGCCAGAGAGGCCAGUCUUCACAAAGAGCUUCAGAUGGCUGCCAGUAAGAACGUGAAUAUUAUUGAAGAGUCUGUAAAUAUGUCACCUCCCAGACCAUCGUCCAGACCAUCGUCCCCUAAAAGUGACCCUUCAGAGAGGCUGGAGAGAUCCCACGGGCCACUGUUCAGGUCUGCUUCAGCUACAUCUCCGCGCAUCAUCAGCUCCAUCAGAGGACUUUUUGAGAGGAAGAUAAGAGGUAAAUCAGUUUGCAGAUCAGAGGAAGACCUCUAUAUUCCAUUAGGAGUCUGUCUGGUUGCCAGAGUUCCAACAAAGGCAAUUUUUACAAUGGAUGCUCAUGAGCUGGGAAUCAAUGCUGUGAGGUUCAGUACCAAUUCAAACCUACUGGCUACAGGAGGAACUGACAGAGUCAUCAAACUGUGGGGCAUUGAAGCAGGAACUCUUCAGAACAGAGGGACAUUAGAUGGAAGUAAUGAGGGGAUCACCAGCAUUGAGUUCGACCCGACGGGCACUCGGAUUUUAGCUGCGUCAUAUGACAAGUCGGCUCUAUUCUGGAGGCUAGAGGACAGCGUUCCCAAGGUUACAUUGACAGGUCAUUCUCGUAAAGUGACAGCAGCCAGAUUUAAAUACAGUCAGAGGCAGGUGGUCACGGGCAGUGCGGACAGGACUGUGAAGAUAUGGGACCUCCAGCGAGCAGCCUGCAUACAAACCAUUGAGGUUUUGUCUUUCUGUAGUGAUGUUGUGUGCUCAGAGUACCUCAUCAUCAGCAGCCAUUAUGACAGAAAAAUACGAUUUUGGGACAGCAGGGCAGGCACGUGCACACAGGAAGUGCCUCUUCAGGGCAGAGUGACGUCACUGGACCUCUGCCCCAACCACAGGCAGCUGCUCAGCUGCUCCAGGGAUGACAUCCUGCAGCUGGUUGACCUGAGAAAGAGUAACGACAGGGUGGCCUUCAGAGCGGAGGGAUUCAAAUGUGGAAGUGACAGCACCAAGGCCAUCUUCAGUCCGGAUGGCAGUUUCCUGGCAGCUGGCUCUGCAGACGGUGCCGUCUACAUAUGGAAUGUGAACACAGGAAACCUGGAAAAACGGCUUCCUGACAUGCACAGCUCCAACACACAUUUGCAAACAGCAUUCCAGAAUUGUGUGGUGAGAACUACAACAUAGUUUCUUGUUGUGACGUGGACUGGCUAAUAUGCAGUACAAUCUAUAUACAGUAUGUCAUUCCACAUUUCCAUUCUGCAUCUUUUAGUGUGUAAAGACGACAAAGAGUGGACGUGUGCGGCUUUGCUCUAGAACCCUACUCGAAUGUAUUACGGAGCCUGAAAUUGAAUCAAAUAUCUGAAAAUAAAGUGAAACAAUGGAGAACAAAGUUUUCCGUAGAUGCCAUGUUUAAUAUUUACAGCAAUAAUCUGACUCCACCACCAUUGUGAUGUCAUUUACUACAAUUCUAAAUUACUAAAUCAGCAACAAAUUAUUUAAAUUUUGGGAAAUAGUCAUGACUAGCAAGUUAAUUUCUCCAGUGAAUCAUUGUAUCAUGCAUGGUUUGAAUGUGUCCAUUAGUUUAGUAAAGCUAGAUGGAUUUAAAAGUUUUAUUGACAAAAUUUGCGUAUGGCAACAAGGCUUCUCAACCUUGAUUUGAUUGGCUAUUUGUGUUGUUUUAUCUAUUAUUAUGUCAAUUUAUCAUUGUUCAUCGAAAUUUCAUUGGCACCUUCAUUAAUUUCAUGCUGAAUCAAAGUGUUUCUAUGAUCACAAUAAAAGUUGCCCACGCAAAUUUUGCUAAAUUUUUGCUAAUUUUAAAGUUUGUUAUGUGAAUUCACUCUUCUGACUGACAGCAAGCUGCUUGAAAAAGUACAUAAUGUUUAACAUAAUGUUUAUAAACCAUACAUAAUUAAUUAAGUUGCUUAAACAUUUAGAAACAAAUCAGCAUCAUGCAUGUAUGUAUAGUUUAAUACAAAGUACUGAAAACCAAUCACAAAGAGUACUUUAUUCACUUAACCCUCUGGAGUCGACUAACGCGUAUACGCGUUACGAGGCAUUUUCUCCUGAUAACCCCGAAAAUAACUUAAAUUACACUUUCAGACUUUGAUAGUACAGAUAAGAUAAUAACAACAAAACGUUGUUCAUUUAUAAAAUAAGGAUAACAAACGAGGUGUGC